GUUAUCAAAGAAUUGGCAGGAAUUGUGGGCAGUCUGAAUUCAGAAAAUAAAGUGGAUCUCAGCAAUCCACAAUACACGGUGGUAGUUGAAAUCAUCAAAGCUGUCUGUUGCCUGAGUGUUGUGAAAGAUUACAUGUUGUUCAGAAAAUAUAAUCUUCAGGAGGUGGUGAAGACGGCUAAAGACCCAUCACAGAUUCCCUCAAAGCUGGGAAAUGGAAAAGAAGCAAAAUUGGAAACUGAUGGCAAAUUAAAUCAAAAUGACCCAAAAGAAGGGGAAAAUAACCAGCAGGUGGUACCACAGAAUAAUGAGGAGGAGCUGGGCCAGACAAAACCAAGAUCUGAGACCCAAGUGGAGUGUGAGGAAAGUGCUAAACCUGAACUACUCAGUAAAAUCCAAGAAGGAUCCAGGUCAAAUGAAAAUGACCUCUCAUAGAUGUCAUUCUGUGGAGGUGGGUUUCUCAGCAGGUUCUGUGAGAUAGUAUCGGGGGUCCAUAUAAAAUUGUGACGAGUAUUUUGACCUUUGUGUGCUGCAUAGUGCUGCUCUCACAGUAGUGAGCAGUGAUCCCUCAUCCCUGUAGAGCUCUUUCAGUCCUCUGUGGCUGUGUGUGUGCUGUCACACUGGGGAGGCUGGUAGGGCGAUGUUGCCUCUUCCUCCUGAUGACCUUCCUCACCUUCUUGUGCUGUGCCAGCUGAUUUACAAGAAGGAGCAAGCUCUGAGAAGUAGAAAAUAAGAGGGAAAUUUGCAUUCUAAGGAAAGAACAAAACUUUAGGUGCCACAACUCAGCUGUUUCCUGCCGCUUUGUUGUAAACAUUGGCAGAAAUGUGGAUUAUGUAGAACGGAAGUGAAUUGUUUUGUACUUUUGUGUUUCUCAU